CCCGCGCGGCUCGGCGCCAAGCGCCCGGCGCCGCCGCAGCCGGCGCCCGCGCCCGCGGGCGGCCACUGGGGCUACCCCUGGCCCCACAUGCCCGUACCCCACGCGCUCUCGGCCCUGCCGGCGCCGCACGUGCCCUCGCCGCCACCCGGCUGCAGCGGCAUGGUCUGGGGCAUGCCUAUGCCGAGCGUCAUCACCGCGCCGGGCAUCCCGUCUUACUCUUGA